UGUUCAGUGACGGAUUAGUUGGAACCCAUAUUCAGGGUCGACCCAUCUAAACUCAGGUGACAAUUCUACAAUCUCCCUCCACUUCGACAAAUGCACCGCCCUUUUCAUCUCCGCAGCCACCACUCCGCCUCCACCUCUCUCCCGAUGUGCCACCUUUUCUCAGUCAACCUCCCACUACCAACAUUUUCACCCACCCCACUAACAACCCUUGUACAAUGCUCACCUGAGCUACUGCUGGAGAAACGGACACUCUCCUAGUUGGAAACCUCGCCGACGGUAGUAGUGGAGCACCGGCGACUAAUUCCUUGCUCAAUAUCAACAACAUGGGUUGGCAUUAUGGUUGCCAUUGGAGAUUACGGAGUAUAAUUCAAACUUACAUUAAACCACACCGGCACACCUCCAGAAAACUUUUAACCGAAAAAUAAAAGAAGACGUGUUCAGAUCCUAAUAUCCUAUCUUCCCUGCUCAUGCCCGCGCCCAAUCAACGCCAGGCACCACGGCCGCCGUCCUUUCCCCUCCUUCUUUCUCUCUCCAAAAACGAUUAUCCAUCUUCUCCUUGAUUUCGCUGCAAAGUAAAGCUCUUCUGCGGUCGAAUUCUUGUCAAUUCGUAGAAUUUCACAUUGUACAUUUGUACCAAAUUCCUUUCAGCAUCACCUGGUGUAUUAUCCGAAAAUGGCCAAAAUUAGGGAUAGAACUGAGGAUUUCAAGGAUGCUGUUCGCCGUGAAACUGUUUCUUUGGAGUAUAAUGAGUCUAAAGUGGCUGCUGUAAUGGCAUCAUUUAUCAUUCACAAGCCUCGCGAAAGGACUCCUUUCAUGAAAUCUUCUUUGAAAACACUUGAGAGCAUUGGGGAAUUGGGACAGUAUUUGAUGAAACAUAAGCGUGAUUAUGUUGAUAUGCAUCGGACAACCGAACAUGAGAGAGAUAGCAUUGAGCAAGAAGUUACUUCUUUUGUUAAAUUGUGUCAAAAGCAGAUAGAGGUUCUAAAAGCUAGUAUAAGUGACGAAGAAGCAAAUUCAAAGAGCUGGCUUGGUACGAGGACAGAUGGUUCUAAUGCUGAUACAAUUGCCCAUAAACAUGGAGUGGUUUUGAUAUUGAGCGAAAAGCUUCAUUCAGUUACAUCAGAAUUUGAUCGGCUAAGAGCUGUACGGUUCCAAGAUGCUUUGAAUAGAACAAUGCCCAGAAGAAAACGUAGCCGUAUCUCCGACCAAAAUGCAAUAGAUAAUUUGAAAUCAAAGCUUCCAGAGGUUAAGGAACAUGAUGAAGUAGAACCCAGUCCCCAAAGAGUCCAAGAACAGCUUUUGGAUGAUGAUACUCGUGCACUUCAGGUGGAGCUGAGUAAUCUCCUUGAUGCUGCUCAAGAAACUGAAACAAAAAUGGUGGAGAUGUCUGCACUGAAUCACCUCUUGGCUACACAUGUUCUCCAGCAAGUCCAACAGAUUGAAUAUUUGUACGAUCAGGCAGUUGAAGCAACCAAAAAUGUGGUGCUUGGCAACAAGGAGCUGACGCAGGCCAUACAACGAAAUAGCAGUAGCAGAAUAUUUAAUGUCUUGUUUGUGGUUGUACUUAUUUUUGCGGUCCUUUUUCUUGACUGGUAUAAUUAAUGUAUGUAUUAGAAGUUUCAACAGUCAACAGCUGCAAGCUUAUUAGUAACUAGUCUUAUAUGCACGUUAUGCGUGCUUAAACUUAUGAUUUUAUUAGAACUAUAACCUUUUAUAAAAUUGUCAAGCAUGUAUCGUGUGCAUAAAUAAUACUUCCUCCGUCCA